AUGUCACCACAAGGAAUAGGUCCACGCACCGAACGAUGGCUCGAGUCAGCCCCUUCCAGAGAUACCCCGCCUUCUUUCGAGUCGCGACAUACCCCGAGAGCUGACAGCGGACCGAAGGAGAUGGUCGUUCGGGAAGACAACUUGAAAUUCCCGCCUUCCAUGAAAUGGCAGCGUCCGAUGCCCGAGUCAUGGAAAGAGGGCAUUUCUCAGCCUCUUCUGGAGAUUCCCGCUCAAAGGCCACCACAUGUCCGGAGAACAAGCGACGGUGGGAGUCAACGCCAACCUUCGCCAGUCCCGAGGCUUCUCGCAUCAGACGAAAGGCUAAAGCCGUAUCACCUUGACUCGGAUGGUUCGUCGGACGAGGAUACGGAUAGCGAUGACGACUUGUCUGGGCCUUCCAAAACCCACUCCGGUGAAGAGAUCAUUCUCACUAGUGAACUGAUCGCUCUAAGCCAAGCUCUAGUGCCUCGACCACCAUCAGGCUCUCCCGCAAGCUUUAAAAGCGGUAGCUCUUUCAUUGACGAAGAUGUUCAACGCCCGAUGGUCUAUCGACCAAAGAGACCCGAGUACCAAGCCUCGCCCGCUCAACACGGUGCCAUACCCAUCCUGCCACCCGGAAGGUCCAGCGAUCUACUCGGUGCAAGCCCAAGACCAGAUGCUUUCCACUUAGGGCCCGACGAAAAGGGGAAUGAAAUCCCCCCUGAUGCCAAAUGGACCAAGAUUACCCGCCGCUUGGUAUCUCCCGAAGUGCUAAGUCAGGAUGGGAGACGGUAUGAAGCUCGUCCCGACUUCGUUGCUGUCCUCGGCGUGCUUUCCCGCGCCGAAAUCCAAUCCCUCGCCUCCCGCACCGCCGUCCUUCGCGCCGCCCGCCACCGUCCCUCCCCGAUCCCCCACCAUCCAGGACCCCGCCAACCCUACACCCCACCCCUCCAAUCCCAACCUCCCCCGCGCGGGAUCCCCAUCCCCCACCACAGCAGUCGCAGCCGGCGCUCUCCUUCCCGCGAUUACUACUACUCUUCCUCCUCUGGUUCCGACGAGCAGCGCCAUCAUGCCACUCCCCCGCCGCGCUCCAUCUUAAAGAACAAACAUGAUGCCCCCAACUAUACCUACGCCGCGCCUCCACCUCCCUCUCCGCGCCGGGCCCCAGCAGAAGACCGUCCGCACGCUCCCCAUCCGCAUCCGCAUCACCAUACCAGGAAACACAACAACAACAACAACCGCGAUCGCGAAGCUCCAAGGAAACACUCGCAUUCGCAUUCUUCGCACUCUCAUUCUCACGAGCGCCAUCCUCCCAAAGAUCGCGAGAAAGAGAAAGAGGGCCAGAAACGAGGUUUCAAAAUAGGCGGCCGCGAUCUGACAGCUGCGGGUAUCGGGGGCGCGGCUGUUAGUCUUUUGUCUAUGUUGGGCGAAGCAGCUGAGGCCCUUUGA